UCAAUAGCCUCAUGAUGUAAUCUUCAUCUUCCUCCACUUUCGGCCUAUUCCUAUUCCCUUCACCCGCAUUGGCUUUCAUCUUCGCUUUAUUUAGCAAAACCCUCAAAUCUAUCAAUUAUCUUCGUUAUUGAUCAUUAAUCAGUAGUAGUACCACAAUGUCUAGUGGGAAAGCUCUUGCACAAGGUGGAUCGUCAAACUCUCUAAACGAUUAUCAGCAGCAGCAACAACAACAACAAACAACACCAAGCCGUUAUGAAUCUCAAAAAAGAAGGGAUUGGAACACUUUCGGCCAAUAUCUGAGGAACCAGAGGCCCCUAGUUCCACUCCCCCAGUGCAAUUGCAAUCAUGUCUUAGACUUUCUUCGAUAUCUUGACCAAUUUGGAAAGACCAAAGUUCACCUUCAAGGCUGUAUGUUUUACGGACAGCCUGAGCCGCCAGCACCUUGCACCUGCCCACUUAGACAAGCUUGGGGUAGCCUAGAUGCUCUCAUUGGGCGACUUAGAGCUGCUUAUGAAGAGAAUGGAGGCUCACCAGAGAUGAAUCCCUUUGCCAAUAGUGCAAUCCGAGUUUAUCUUCGAGAGGUGAGGGACUAUCAAGCUAAAGCAAGGGUCCCUUAUAAGAAGAAAAAGAAGAUCAAGACUAAUCAAAGCAAGGGAAAUGAAGAAUCAAGUACUUCUUCUGCACACUUUGGUGGUUGAUUCCUGCUUUGGCUAAAUUGGAUAUG